AUGACUGACAAGAGGGCCUUUGUGGUCGAGCACCUGGAUCCCGAAUUGGGACAGUGGUCGACGCUCGAGUAUGCCUGUAUCGCUCGCGAGUCUCAUGCUCUUGGAGCCCGAUUUCUGCUGAGUUCGGUGCCCGCCGAACUAAGCGGAAAUCUGCCCGCCGAACUGGUCGCCACUGAGGGCUUCGAGGUCGAGCAGCGCAGUGUCGAGGAGAUCUACCCUAAGGACAAGGUCUGCCUGUUGGAUCCUUCUGCUCAGGUGGAAUUGAGCCCGGAAGAUGGCGAUACCUUUGACGUUUUUCUCUUCGGCGGCAUUCUGGGCGAUGACCCGCCUCGCGAUCGCACCUCGGAAUUGAGGAAAAAAGGCUACACUGGUCGCCGAUUAGGCCCGAAGCAGAUGACCACCGACACCGCUGUGCGAGUCACUCGCAUGGUCGUGCAUGAGAAGAUUCCUCUCGAGAAGAUUGACUACGUCGACUACCCGGAAAUCCUGAUUAACGAGCACGAGCGGACUGAAAUGCCGUUCCGCUACGUGAAGGACGCUCAAGGCGAGCCGAUCAUGCCCAAGGGGAUGGUGGAUCUGAUUAAGAACGACGCCGACAAGGCAGUCGAUGAUCUUUUCUAA